AUGGACCCCUUCGAGGACACACUGCGGCGGCUGCGGGAGGCCUUCAACACGGGGCGGACCCGGCCGGCCGCCUUCCGGGCCGCGCAGUUGGAGGGCCUGGGCCGCUUCCUGCAGGACAACAAGCAGCUUCUGCAGGACGCGCUGGCGCAGGACCUGCACAAGUCACCGUUUGAGUCAGACGUAUCUGAGCUCAUCACAAGCCAAAACGAGGUUGACCUGGCGCUCAAGAACCUGCAGGACUGGAUGAAGGACGAUCCGGCCAGCAAGAGCCUGCUCACGAGGCUGGACUCAGCCUUCGUCCGGAAGGAGCCCUUUGGCCUGGUGCUGAUCAUUGCCCCUUGGAACUACCCUGUGAACCUGACACUGGUGCCUCUGGUGGGGGCCCUUGCGGCAGGGAACUGUGUGGUGCUGAAGCCGUCAGAAAUAAGCAAGAGCACGGAGAAGGUCCUGGCCGAGAUGCUGCCCCAGUACCUGGACCAGAGCUGCUUUGCUGUGGUGCUGGGUGGGCCCCAGGAGACAGGCCGGCUGCUGGAGCACAAGUUCGACUACAUCUUCUUCACAGGGAGCCCCCGCGUGGGCAAGAUCAUCAUGGCUGCUGCCACCAAGCACCUGACACCCGUCACCCUGGAGCUGGGGGGCAAGAACCCCUGCUACGUGGACGACGACUGCGACCCCCAGACCGUGGCCAACCGUGUGGCCUUGUUCCGCUACUUCAACACCGGCCAGACCUGCGUGGCCCCCGACUACAUCCUGUGCAGCCCCGAAACGCAGGAGCGGCUGCUGCCCGCCCUGCAGAGCACUAUCACCCGCUUCUAUGGCGACGACCCCCGGAGCUCCCCAUACCUGGGCCGCAUCAUCAACCAGAAACAGUUCCAGCGGCUGCAGGGACUGCUGGGCUGUGGCCGUGUGGCCAUCGGUGGCCAGAGUGACGAGAGUGACCUCUACAUCGAGCCCAGCCCGGGUCCACGGUUCCCAGCGGCACAAUUCCAGGACGCUGACGCUCCACGUCGCUGUGGUCCUGAGCUUGAGGAGAUCUUUGGGCCCAUCCUGCCCAUUGUGAACGUGAGGAGCCUGGAUGAGGCCAUUGACUUCAUCAAGCGGCGGGAGAAGCCCCUGGCCCUGUACGCCUUCUCCAACAGCAGCCAGGUAGUGAACCAGAUGCUGGAUCGGACCAGCAGCGGCAGCUUCGUAGGCAACGAGGGCUUUAUCUACCUGACGCUGCCAUCCCUGCCACUAGGGGGAGUCGGCAACAGUGGGAUGGGCAGGUACCACGGCAAGUUCUCCUUCGACACCUUUUCCCACCACCGCGCCUGCCUGCUCUCCUACCCAGGCCUGGAGAAGCUCAAAGAAAUCCGCUACCCACCCUUUACUUACUGGAAGCAGCAGCUGAUAAGCUGGGCCCUGGACUCCCAGAGCUGCACCCUUCUGUGAGCACUCGCCCCCUCCAACACCACAGCUUCAGUCCCUCUGUCUUGCGGCCCAUGGCUGCUCGGCCCCUGACCUACCCUGGGCUGCCAGUUGCUGGCCCCAUGCUCAGUCAUCCCUGAAAGGCAGCUGUCCAUUCCAGGGUGUAAAGAUCCCACUCCUGGGGCUUUGUCUGAACAGAUCCCUGGCUAGACAGGACCUCUAGAUGGUCCAGUCCCUUUCAGGGCCAAAGUCCCCUCCGCAGCCUCCUGACAGAUUCAUUGACCUUCUGCUAAGAUAUGUCUGGUAAUGGAGAGAGAAACCUGUCCCCCAAAGGUUGGGCAGAUUCUGUGGUUAAAGAGAAUCUAUAAAUUGUCAGAUCUAUAAAUAGGAUC